UGAAACAGGUAAACGGUGGUUGUAUUUUCAGUCCUGUGCAGCAACAAGAAGAUGUGCCGCAUUUAGAGAAAUAAUCAGACGCUUGUUUGGGGAGGAAGACAUGGAAGAGCCUGGAAAAGAUGCCCUGACGAAAGUUAACGUUAGUGUUUUAAGUCCCGAGCAGCAAGAACAACUGCGACAGUUUAAGAUCCAGACGAGAAUCAGCAACGAGAAGUACUUGAGAGCUCACCCUGAAGUGGAUGAAAUCGUUGGCGGAUUUCUAAGACACUUGCUAUUGAAAAGACCGUCUGACAUCCGUGAGUUUGCAGCAGAUCACUUCGCGUCCCUAACUGUUCCUUCUGGCUCCGUAAUGAAAGGAAACAGUGAAACAGAUUGAAGGACCCAACAACAUCCUCCUUGUACUUUUCUAGAGACUCAGAACAAUGAGUUCUAGAGCAACAACAGUGAGGAAUCAUCUUGUUUGUGUCCAGAUGAUUCAUUGUCAAACUUCUACGAAUGCCUCAAAGGUUCCAGCUAAAGCCUGAUGGUGAAAGGAGGAGGCAGCCCCACGGGUGCUAAACCAUGCGGUUUGACACUUAAGCCAAGUCUUUUUGAUGUGAUUCUCCAAAGUCUUAAUGUUGCUUCAUGUUUAGCUAAUUCUAUUUAAUUGAGACGUUGCAACAGUUUAAAUUUAGUAAUGCACUUUUGUUUCAUCUGCCUGCUGGUUCAAAUGCAGGGUUGACUCUC